UCUCUCUCUCUACUCUCUGAACUCUCUCUCUCUCUCUCUAAAGUCUCUCUCUGUCUAAGCAGAAGCAGCUUCAUUUGGUUCUCACCAUGGCUGGAAAAAAGAGAAGGAAGCUGAAAUCGUUAGCUGAAACGGUUGCUGAAAAUAAAAGGAUGACAAUGAAAGAGAAGAAAGAGAAAUUGGAGCUGCAGACUUGGUCUGACCUUCCUACGGAACUCUUGGAAUUGAUUAUCUCCCGUCUAACCCUAGAGGACAACGUUCGUGCCUCCAUUGUUUGCAAGAGAUGGCACUCAGUUGCAAUCUCCGUCCGGAUAGUAAAUCAAUCACCAUGGCUUAUGUACUUCCCAAAGUAUGGUAACUUGUAUGAAUUUUAUGACCCGUCACUCCGCAAGACACAUUCCAUUGAGCUGCCCGAGUUGAAUGGGUCUAGGGUUUGCUACACUAAAGAUGGCUGGUUGUUGCUAUACAGACCCAGAUCUCAUCGCAUGUUCUUCUUUAACCCUUUUACCCGCGAAGUGAUUAAAUUGCCCAGGUUUGAGUUGACUUAUCAGAUUGUUGCCUUCUCUUGUGCCCCAACAUCUAGCAGCUGCAUGCUUCUUACAGUUAAGCACAUCAGUCCCACAAUUGUUGCUGUUAGCACUUGCCAUCCUGGGGCAACAGAGUGGGUUACUGUUAAUUACCAAAAUCGUUUGCCCUUUGUUAGUAGUAUUUGGAAUAAGUUUGUUUUCUGCAAUGGACUUUUCUAUUGUCUGAGUCUCACUGGCUGGAUAGGAGUCUUUGACCCACUGGAACGUACUUGGAAUGUUCUUGCUGUGCCUCCACCCAAAUGCCCCGAGAAUUUUUUUGCCAAAAAUUGGUGGAAGGGCAAAUUUAUGGCAGAGCAUGAAGGGGAAAUAUUAGUUAUUUAUACUUGUGCUAGUGAAAACCCUAUUAUGUUUAAGCUGGAUCGGAUAAACAUGGUAUGGGAAGAGAUGAAAACCCUUGAUGGAGUCACAAUUUUUGCGAGUUUCUUGUCAUCUCAUUCCAGAACUGACCUUUCUGGACUGAUGAGAAACAGUGUCUACUUCCCUAAAGUUCGUUUCUAUGGAAAGCGUUGCAUAUCAUACUCUUUUGACAGUUGUAGAUACUAUCCGCGUAAGCAGUGUCAUGACUGGGGAGAUCAAGAUCCUUUUGAAAAUAUCUGGAUUGAACCACCCCAAGACUUCUCAAGCUUCAUCUGAAGAAAUCUUGUUGCAAAAGUAUGGUCUAGUUGAGGAUUUAGAAAAAAUUUAUUAAUAUGUGUAGCUUUAACUGCAUUGGAUGGAAAUGCUAUAAAUUUCUGUAUAAGUAGUUGCCUACAAAGUUACUUUGUUGUACUUCUAGAAGUACUAAUGUUGGACUUCUGUUUUCAUUUAUCAUAAGUGCCUGUCAGGUAUAAAUUAUUGCC